AUGAUUACGCAGUUUGUAGUAGACAUACCAGAGGGGAAAAGCACCCCAGAUUUCCAGAGUAAACCUAUCCCAGUAACCAUCAAGGAAGGGACAUUGGCUGUUUUCAAGGUCAUGGUGAACGGGGAUCCAAAGCCAGAGGUGACAUGGAGAAGAACUAAAGGGCCUACUACAGACAAGGCUAAAUUCCAGUGUAAAUAUGAUGAAUCAACUGGAGAGCAUAUAUUACAGAUUGUCAAAGUGUCUGGCGAGGAAUCAGACACAUACAAAUGCUAUGCUGCCAACGAAUACGGCAAAGCUGUCUGCUCAACAUCAUUAAAUGUGAUUGAGGUUGGGAAAAAUCCAUCAGACUUCCGAAAAAUGCUGCGGAGAAGUAAAGUAGAGGAGAAAGCGGAAAGUGAUGAAAGAUUCUGGGACGCGAUGCUGAACGCCGACAGGAAAGAGUACGAGCGCAUUUGUAAUGAGUUUGGUGUUGCAGACUUUCAUUCGAUUCUUAAGAAACUGGAAGACAAGAAGAAGGAGAGGGCGCAAAAUAAGUGUAAGGGUGGUGUCAUUCCCUGUGAUGAAGAUGCAAAAGAGAAACACCUGAAGAGCCAUAAGAAUGCUGCGAGGACCAAUGAUUUUAAUGUCAAGGGCCUGAUGCAAAAAGGCACGAGGCGCCAACAAGUGGAUGAAGAGGACAACCUCCUCGACGCCGGGCUGAAGCUGGUGGACGAAGAGGUCAACCGUCUCUAUGCAGAGUUUACACUUUCCAAUGUGGACUUUGUUAUCAAAAUUCAGGAGCUUAAAGCUCAAGAAAGAGAUGAUGCUCUCUUUGCGUGUGUCCUGACUCACCCGCUACCCAGGAUCACAUGGAUGGGUAAGAGCAGCGCCUUGGAGGACGGAGAGAAAUACAGCAUAAACGUGUCAGAACACAAACUGAUCCACCGGCUGCUGAUCAAGGACUGCAACCAGCUGGACAAUGGCAUCUAUUCAGCCGUGGCUGGCAUUACGUCCUGCAGUGCCCGCCUGGUUGUUCAAGCUGAGGGUGACCCUGCAUCUGCUGGGAGACCUCGUAAAACUACCGUCGGUGGUGGAGCACAGAUUGACCUUGAGGAGGUGGCCAGAGAGCAGCAAAUUAAAAACCGAGAAGAGAUGGAGAAGAUGGUGGACGAAGAGGUCAACCGUCUCUAUGCAGAGUUUACACUUUCCAAUGUGGACUUUGUUAUCAAAAUUCAGGAGCUUAAAGCUCAAGAAAGAGAUGAUGCUCUCUUUGCGUGUGUCCUGACUCACCCGCUACCCAGGAUCACAUGGAUGGGUAAGAGCAGCGCCUUGGAGGACGGAGAGAAAUACAGCAUAAACGUGUCAGAACACAAACUGAUCCACCGGCUGCUGAUCAAGGACUGCAACCAGCUGGACAAUGGCAUCUAUUCAGCCGUGGCUGGCAUUACGUCCUGCAAUGCCCGCCUGGUUGUUCAAGCUGAGGGUGACCCUGCAUCUGCUGGGAGACCUCGUAAAACUACCGUCGGUGGUGGAGCACAGAUUGACCUUGAGGAGGUGGCCAGAGAGCAGCAAAUUAAAAACCGAGAAGAGAUGGAGAAGAUGGUGGACGAAGAGGUCAACCGUCUCUAUGCAGAGUUUACACUGUGUCCAUCGACUGUAUCCAUGGAGUGUGUCCAUGGAGUGUGUCCAUCGAGUGUGUCCAUGGAGUGUGUCCAUCGAGUGUGUCCAUCGAGUGUGUCCAUCGAGUGUGUCCUUCGAGUGUGUCCAUCGAGUGUGUCCAUCGAGUGUGUCCAUGGAGUGUGUCCAUGGAGUGUGUCCAUGGAGUGUGUCCAUGGAGUGUGUCCUUCGAGUGUGUCCAUCAAGUGUGUCCUUCGAGUGUGUCCAUGGAGUGUGUCCAUCGAGUGUGUCCAUCGAGUGUGUCCAUCGAGUGUGUCCAUGGAGUGUGUCCAUGGAGUGUGUCCUUCGAGUGUGUCCAUCGAGUGUGUCCAUCGAGUGUGUCCAUCGAGUGUGUCCUUCGAGUGUGUCCAUCGAGUGUGUCCAUCGAGUGUGUCCAUCGAGUGUGUCCAUCGAGUGUCCAUCGAGUUUUCCAAUGUGGACUUUGUUAUCAAAAUUCAGGAGCUUAAAGCUCAAGAAAGAGAUGAUGCUCUCUUUGCGUGUGUCCUGACUCACCCACUACCCAGGAUCACAUGGAUGGGUAAGAGCAGCGCCCUGGAGGACGGAGAGAAAUACAGCAUAAACGUGUCAGAACACAAACUGAUCCACCGGCUGCUGAUCAAGGACUGCAACCAGCUGGACAAUGGCAUCUAUUCAGCCGUGGCUGGCAUUACGUCCUGCAAUGCCCGCCUGGUUGUUCAAGCUGAGGGUGACCCUGCAUCUGCUGGGAGACCUCGUAAAACUACCGUCGGUGGUGGAGCACAGAUUGACCUUGAGGAGGUGGCCAGAGAGCAGCAAAUUAAAAACCGAGAAGAGAUGGAGAAGAUCUUUGCAGCCGUAAAAGAAAAACACGGGGAAGGACAACUGAAAGGAGAAAAGACAUUAACCACAAGUGGAAGAGAUGGUGAAAUAAGUGCAGUCGGUGGACCAGGAAGAGAUGGCACAGAAACCAAAUUAGAGGUUUCAGGGUGUGUUACACAAGAAGGAGUGAAACUGACAGUAGAUCGCCCCAAGAAAAAGAAACACACCAGAUCUGGUCAAGAGGAUUUUGACAAGGUAACAGAGCAAGAUCCAAAUGGACUAGCAAGUGACAACGUAGCGAGGGAAGAUGAAGCACGUUACGAUGACGAAAGUGACGAUGAAGAAAGUGACGAUGAAGAAAGUGACGAUGAAGAAAGUGACGAUGAAGAAAGUGACGGUGAAGAAAGUACCGACGAUGAAAGUGACGAAGACAGUUACGAUAAAGAAAGGGGCAGUGGUGAGAUUGAGGACUCUGCUGGCCAGCUCAAGCGCUCAAGUUGUUCAAAGCGAAGGAAGCGGAAAGCAAAGAAAGCAGUCAAUGAUCCAGGGGUUCAUUUCAUCUGCGGUUUUUCUGAUGUCAGUGCCAUCAUCAAUGAGUCUGCCGAGUUAACAUGUAAGCUCAGCAGUGAAGAUUGUGAGGGAGCCUGGUUCAGAGACGGCAGAAAGAUAUCCCCAGAUGACAACUUCAGUGUCACUAAAGAUGGUGCCAUCCAUAAAUUAGUCAUAAUCAGGUGCGAGGAAGAGCACUCUGGGAAAUACCGCUUUGAGGCAGACAGUCGCAAAACAGAGGCGAUGAUCAACGUUAAAGAUCCCCCAAGGUUUGACCCUGAAUACCUCAUCGCUUUCACUGAGCCUGUGACAGUUAAAGCGGGGCACAACGCCAUCUUCAAACUGCACUUUCUUGGCCAUGAACCCAUAAAGAUUAAGUGGUACAGCGAGGGAGAAGAGCUUCUAGAUGACAACAAUACGAAGAUAGAGAAAUCUGCAAGUCACAGCCGCUUGCUCCUGAGCAGGUGCCAGAGGAAGGACACGGGAGAGAUCAAGAUUAAGCUCAAGAACGAACACGGCUUCAUUGAGGCAAUUUCCCAGUUAAUUGUGCUAGACAAACCCACUUCGCCCCUGGGUCCUGCAGAGGUAACCGAGGGCUCAGCUACAUGUAUUGAAUUUAAGUGGAGGCCUCCGAAGAAUGACGGCGGCUCACCAGUGAUCAACUACAUAAUGGAGCGACGGCAGGUGGGACGAAACACCUGGAAGAAAUUAGGGGAAAUCCCAGGUGUGUCCAGCUACCGCGAUACAGACGUGGACCAUGGAAGGAAAUAUUGUUACCGUAUCCGGGCAGUGACUGCGGAGGGUACAAGUGAAGUGAUGGAAACUGAUGAAAUUCAAGCCGGCACACUUGCUUUUCCCGGCCCUCCAGCGCAUCCAAAGGUGGUCAGCGCCUAUGACGACUGCAUCAACCUUUCCUGGGCUUCACCAAGUAAAACAGGAGGUUCACGUAUCCUGGGUUAUAUUUUGGAGAAACGCAAGAAGGGGAGUAAUCUCUGGGCCGUUGUCAAUGCCAUGGAUGAACUAAUAAAAGAAAAGAAAUAUGCAGUGAAAGAUGUUGUGGCAAGAAUGGAAUAUGAAUUCAGAGUCACUGCCAUAAACCUCUCUGGAGUUGGUGAAUUCAGUAACCCCUCCGAGUUUGUUUUUGCACGGGAUCCAAAGCAGCCUCCUGGUAGAGUUACAAGCCUGAAGGUGACAGAAACUUCUCACACCCACUUUGUCCUGACUUGGACCAAACCUGAGGAUAAACCAGGGAUACAUGAUGAGGCAAAGGGAUAUUUUGUUGAGAUUCGGCGUGCAGAUUGCAUUGAAUGGUGCCGUUGUAAUACCACGCUCAUCAUUACGACUUCCUUCAGUGUGAAAGGCCUCAAGCACAUGGACAUGUACUGGGUGAGAGUGAUUUCGACUAAUGAUGGAGGACAGAGUGCUCCCGAGGAGCUAGCCAACUACGUCCUUGUAAUGCCCUCACCUGUGAGGCCAAAGUUCACAAACCACAAAAUGAGGAGCUUCAUGGUGGUGAAGGCAGGGAACUCUGUCAGGAUCACAGUGAACUUUGAGGCCUCCCCACUGCCACAUAUGAUGUGGCUGAAGGACAAUGUGCCAGUGACAAAGCGAGUUACAAUCAGUAACUCUGAUGGCUCAUCCCAGCUGCUGAUCCCCUCGUCUGAGCGCUCUGAUACUGGCAUCUACUCCAUUUUAGUGAAAAAUCUUGCAGGACAGGAGACAUUCAGUACAGAGGUCAGAGUCACAGAUGAUCCAAAGCCUCCUGGACCGGUAGAACUGGAGGAAAAUGUGCCUGGUAUGGUGACAGUGAUCUGGGAGCCGUCUCCUGAUGAGAAACGCGAUGACCGCCUCCAUUACACAGUAACCAAACUGGACUCUACCAAACGCACAUGGACCACAGUGGCUGACAGACUCUUCAAUAACAAGUUCACGGUCUGCAACAUCAUGCACGGGAGGGAAUAUAAUUUCCGGGUGUAUGCCAAAAACGACAUGGGCAUAUCUGAACCGUCAGAGUCACCAACCUGUGGGAAGGAGAAGAAGAAAGAAAAAUUCAUGGUGAGCGUACCGACCAGAAAGGAUUGCGAUUUGCGAUGUGCUCCAACCUUUGUUGUACCGUUGAAGCUUCACACUGCACCCAAAGGCUAUGAAUGCUAUAUGAGCUGUGCAGUGAAGGGAAAUCCCAAACCUCGUGUCACGUGGUAUCGGAAUUACGUCAGCCUGAACACUAAUACCAACUAUUACAUCACCAACACCUGUGGAGUUUGCUCCAUGUUAAUUCUCCACGUAGGCCCCAAAGACAUGGGGGAGUAUACCAUCACUGCAGAGAACGCCCUCGGACGGGCUGAGUGCUCCACUGUCCUCAGUGUCAGAGGUGAGAGAGAAACACACCUGCACUUUAAGUCAAAGGAAGGAUGGAUUUAAAAAAAAUCAAAACAUACUUAAUGAUGCUAAAUCAUUACAUCUCUCUUCCAUACAGAGUGAAGACACUAAAGGCCCCACAAUAUGAGCAGCUUUAGAUCUUAUACAUGAUGU